AUGUUAAAACAGUUUUCUCGUAAGUUUGCUUUGUCAUCUCCAGCAAGAAACUAUGCAUCGAAUAUUUCCAAUUUGAAAAUAAACAAGGACACUAAAGUCAUCUACCAGGGUUUCACCGGUAAGCAAGCCACAUUCCAUGCUGAACAGGCAAUCGCCUAUGGAACCAAUGUUGUUGGUGGUAUCAAUCCCAAGAAAGCCGGUACGACUCAUUUGGAUAGACCCGUCUAUGGUACUGUUGCCGAAGCUAUGAAAGAUGCCGGAGCAACUGCAACAGGUAUUUUUGUGCCACCACAUUUGGCUGCUUCUGCAAUCGAAGAAGCUAUUGCUGCAGAGAUCCCAUUGGCCGUGGCCAUCACCGAAGGUAUCCCACAAAAGGAUAUGGUUAGAAUUGCGCAAAUUUUGAAGACACAAGACAAGACGAGAUUGGUUGGUCCCAAUUGUCCAGGUAUCAUUUCCCCAGAACAAUGUAAGAUAGGUAUCAUGCCAUCGAGUAUCCACAAGAGAGGUAAAGUGGGUAUUAUUUCGAAAUCAGGUACAUUGACCUACGAAGCCGUGGCUCAAACUACAAAAGUUGGUUUGGGGCAAUCAUUGGUCAUUGGUAUGGGUGGAGACCCAUUCCCAGGUACCAACUUUAUUGAUGCUUUAACCUUAUUUUUAAACGAUCCAGAAACCGAAGGUAUCAUUUUAAUUGGUGAAAUCGGUGGUAGUGCUGAGGAAGAAGCAUCCGAAUUUUUAAAACAACACAACUUGACUAGACCAGAAGGUGCUAAGCCAGUUGUUGGGUUCAUUGCUGGUGUCUCUGCUCCUCCAGGUAGAAGAAUGGGACAUGCCGGUGCCAUCGUUUCGGGAGGCAAAGGUGACGCCAAGUCAAAAAUUGCUGCAUUAGAAUCGGCAAAUGUUGUAGUUGAAAAAUCGCCCGCAAGAUUAGGUAACUCCUUAUUAGCUGAAUUCAAGAGUAAAGCCAAUGUUAAUGAUUUAAAGACUUUUUUAGAGUUGAUUGGGCGUAAUUGUAUUGAACAUUUAGAUGUAUUUGAAGGAGAUCUCAAUAAGUUUCUAGAAACUCCAAGCAAGAAGAUGAAAGAAGCAGGGAUAGAUACACGAACCAGAAGGUAUUUAUUGAGAUGGAGAUAUAAAUUUGUCAACGACUUGGAAGCGUUGAGAGAGCACAAAUUGGGCAAGAAGGUAAACGGCGGUGAAAGAAAGGCUAAGACGGUUGUUGCAAAGAGGAAGGCUUUGGAGAGAUUGGAAGAAAGAGAAAGGUUGAACAAGGAGGAAUUGGCUGCGGAAAACAGAGGAGAAAGACUAUUUUGA